CAUUCGAGUCAUGAUACAGAAAUUUGCAACCGUGAAAAGUACUAAAUAAUUUACUACUUAAAUUAACCCCAAUGAAUCUAGAAUAUUUUGACAUAAAUGAGUCUAUUGAAUUUACUUUCACGAAGCCGGUUAAUUAUAAGGAAGAACUGUCUUUAUAAUUUGCCAUCCAUUUGCAAGGUCGGAAUGGCAAGUGAAGUUGAUAAGGCCCAAUCGGCCGCACCAGCCGAAGAUACAAUUUUCGGUAAAAUUUUACGCAAGGAAAUUCCUUGUAAUUUCAUUUACGAAGACGAUAAAUGUGUUGCCUUCCACGACAUCAAUGCACAAGCACCGACACAUUUUUUGGUCAUACCACGUAAACCUAUUGUAAUGCUGUCGCAGGCGGAAGAAACUGAUGCCAACUUAUUGGGUCAUCUGAUGUUGGUGGGCAGUAAGGUUGCCAAGCAGUUGGGUUUGGAGGAUGGUUACCGUGUGGUCAUUAACAAUGGCAAACAUGGUGCUCAAUCAGUGUAUCAUUUACAUUUGCAUUUCUUGGGUGGCCGUCAAAUGCAAUGGCCACCAGGCUAAGAGUAGCUACUAAGUUUAUGUGUAAUUUUUUAUUAAAUAAAAAAUUCGAUUGAAGUACUCCAGGGGAGUUAAAAAGCUUUAAAUUUCA